CACAACAACAGAGUUCACUAAACGGCUGGAAAAAUCAUAAAUUAACUCAACAAAGAGUCAAACACUAAUUUAAUAACAAAUCGCAAUUAUACGCAUAAAUUGCACAAGAUAUGAGAAGAGAAUUUCGAGGCUAAUGAUACAAAGGUAUAUUGAGGAAUACGGAGGUGAUAAUUACAACGACGACACUCGCGUUCCUUCCCGCAAAGCCACUUUCGCAAGAUCUGUAAAGAUGAGUCUACGCACGCGCGCCCUUGUGUUCUCUACAUUCUUUGGCAGUUGCCUGGCCAUCGGAUUGCUGUUGACCAGUAUGACGACUAAUCACUGGGUGCGCGCCUAUCCGCGGCGCACCAAUACUACAGAAGCUAAGGGUGACGUCAAUUUUGGUUUGUUCUAUGGUAACCAAAACUUGAAUCCUGGCUUUGGAGUACGUAACAACCAGGUUGAUGUUUACUCCUUCAUUCGCACCGAGCAUGGUGACACUAGCUUCUGGCUCUGGUUGCUUACAACACUUGGCACGGGCUUUGGACUGUUGGCAUGCACCAUAGCAGCCAUAGCCGCUGUGCUGAAGUCAGCGUCAGCAGCCAAGAAAGGCGGCACCAUGCUGCUCCUGUUGGCCUCAAACAUGGCAGCGGCAGGUGCACAGGUGGUUGCAUUCUUGGCAUGGCUGGUGCAGUUCUAUCAGUAUCUCAUUCACAAUGUUCUCUUAACGGAGCACCAGCAACAGCAUUGGUACAGCACCGGCCUGGCCCAUCUGGGCUACAGUUUCUAUCUGGUUGUUAUUUCGACAAUUGUGGUCUUCAUAAAUAUAACGAUUCUGCUCUAUGCAAGACGACGCGAACAUCGUGAUCGCCAUCGUUCGGAGCCGCUGGGCAAAGACAAGAAUCAGGCGGCCAUAAUGCUCUACUAGGCAGAAUGCUGCAGCAAGUAUAAUCCAAAUAUAACCUCAAAUGGAAAUGUUCGAUCAAGCGAUGCAGAAACGCGCACCACGUAAUCUCAGCGGCUCAAUUGUUUGUGCCUUACUUAAAGAUGCCCCUUGCAUGCCACAAUAUAUAUAUUUCAUUUACACAUAUCAAGAUAUAUGUAUAUAUAUUUAUAAAUACAUAUAUGUAUUUAUCGUAGUCUAUAAGCCAACAUUCAAAUGUAUUUAAGCUAAGUCUGAUUAGCACUUUGAUUGCACAACAAAUGUUGAAG